AAAAAACCCCGUACAAUUAUCGGAGCAUAUUGGCAUAUAGGGGUUAACGGCAUAAUUUUAAUAUGCUUAACGACCAAAAUAACGGCUAUAAAAUACCGCACGUUUCGUAUAAUUAUUUUUAAAAAGGGGCAAAUAAAUAAAAUUUUAAUUAUCGCUUUAUUAAAAAUCGAUAACUUUUUGCAACGGGAACGCGUUGCAAAUACUUAUGUAAAGCAAAAAAAAGGCAAUGUUCGUUUCGAAAGCAAGUUUAUUGGAAUUAAAAGCGUUGCGGCGGCGUUUAUCGCGCGCUUUACGCUUUUUUUUGGCAAAGGUUUUUUUGCUGCGGCGGUUAAAGCCCGCCGGGGGGUUACCGACAAAACGUUUGCGGGAAUUUUAAAAAGUUGCAAGCGCAAAAGGGCCCGAUAA